GCUUCUUCCUCUGGCUAGACUGCUCCCCCGCCUCCUCCUCACUCCUGCAGACCUUGCUGCUGUGCUCAGCUCCCUGCUCCAGGGGAGGAAGUCUUUCUUGUGUCUCUCAGAGGGAUAUCCAUGGACAUGGGAACAGCAGACAGCACCGAGGUAGCCUCCGAGGCCCCACAGCCCUCCCUCAUCAACGUGCAUAUCCACAAGGAAUCAGCGCUGGCCAAGAUCCUGCUGAGCAGAUGUUCCCUGCUGCGGCUCCCGGCCACAGCCACCGGCGCCACCAGCCAGACCUCGGACAGCAGCAGACUGCUGGUGGCCUCCUGGGUGGUACAGAUCGUGCUGGGGCUCCUGAGCGGGGUCCUGGGAGGAUUCCUCUACAUCUGCCGGUGCCACACACUGUGUGCCUCAGGAGCCGCCAUCUGGACUGGGGCGGUGGCUGUGCUGGCUGGAGCUGCUGCCUUUGUUUAUGACAAACGGGGUGGGAUCUGUUGGGCCCUGCUGAGGACCCUUCUCACCUUGGCGGCUUUCUGCACAGCCAUCGCUGCCGUUGCAAUUGGAUCUCGUAACUUCCAGGAGUACCGUUAUGAUAUGAAUGGUAACUACCUCUGUAAAGACUACUCAAGCGGCUGGCCCACCUGGGCCCCCAGCACCGUGAGCCCCGAAUCGGAGCGGCUACAGCUGUGCAUCUCCCAGGUGAACAUGCUGAAGAACCUGUUCGUGAGCCUCCAGUCCAUGCUCUUGGGAAUCUGGGUCCUGCUGAUUCUGGCAUCUCUAGCUCCCCUAUGUCUGUACUGCUGGAGAAGAUUUGCCAUAGAAGAGAAAAGGGAGCAACGGGAGGAAGCCCCUGGCAGCGAGCCGGUGCUAGUCCUGCCUCUGCUGGGCACUCAGUCCUGAACCUGCUUCUGCUUUGAACGCCCCGUGUCUGACUCCUUGAAGAACCAGCUUGGGACAAGAGACCGCCUGGCAGCGGAACUUCUUCCCCCAGGACGAGGCCACCGCCCUGCUCCAUCGGCCCUCACAGGGCUCUUGCUUAUCUCUUGCUCAUCUUUAUCGUCCUUCGUGUCCCCUCUGAUACAGUCAUUUGACAAUAAACGUUUAUGUGAUUAGU